AGACAUUUCAAAACUAUUAAAAAAACAAUUAACACAGUACGAGCCAAUUAGCCUACUGCUAUCAUCAAAGUCAUGGCUGGAAUUUCGAAUAAAUCGAGUUAUGAUGGGUCAACCCCACGAAAGCCGAAACACCACUUCGUUACGAAUCCACCCACCUCCCAUCCCGGCGAUGCGAAGAGCCUUAGACGUUAUCGUCUCGAUAGAUACGAAAAUGGACCAGACUUUGUACCUCCUGCUCAGGCCCUAACAAGCAAUGCUUCCGAUGCUCAAGCGGCUCGCGAGGCAAGGGUUGCUACGGAAGUAAACUCCAUUGUUUCACGUCUUGGCUGAUCCGUUCUGCCAACGCGCUUGUCGAUAUCUACACCGUCCCAUCAUAACAGUAGACAACAGAGAUCAUGACAAUUAAUAUGUACACUGCUAUUGCAAUCCACACUCUCCAGGCUAGCGUGGUCUUAAGUAAGUCAUCCUACCUGACUAGACAUGCCUAUGCCAUGCUAAGAGAUACAGAAGAUAAAUCCCUAAGGAGCACACAUACGUCGCCAAAAACACCUAAGUUUCCUGUGCUACAAGAUAAAGAGUUUCCAGAAUAUUAGUAUGUACCGAGGCCGUGUUCCUCCCUUAGGUUUCUUUAUGCUAACUUACUCCACCGACCGAAACACUAAGAAUGUGCAAGUUAUGGACGUUAUAACGAUAUAUUGACGGGAGAAUGAAUUAAUGAGUCAUACAAGCAGUAUCUAGGUACCUAGGUAGUUUUCG